GCUCAGAAUCUAUUACCAGCCCUAUCUCUCUAUUUACACUUCCCCCUUCACAGAAAUAUCGAGAGAGAGAAAGAUACUUUUGUUUAUUGUCUACUUCACUUGCUUUGGCAAUUUUAAUGUAAUUUUAAAAUAAAGCCCUUGAAUUGAACUGAGCGAGAGAGAGAAAGAGAGAGAGAAAGAAAGAGAGUCAGCAGCUCCCCUCUGUGCACUCAUUCGGAGACAGUUACCGCGGAUUGUGAAGACAGAGCAAUCAGUCCAGUACUGAGAGCUCGUUUUAUUUACGGUAAAAAUGUCGGCCAGACCAGGCUACUAUCGGCAGGAGCUGAACAAGACUGUAUGGGAGGUUCCCGAGCGGUACCAGAACCUGACUCCCGUGGGCUCGGGGGCCUACGGUUCGGUAUGCUCAGCAUAUGACGUGCGGCUACGACAGAAGGUGGCGGUGAAAAAGCUGUCUCGGCCUUUCCAGUCCCUUAUCCACAGUAGGCGCUCGUACCGUGAGCUCCGGCUACUCAAGCACAUGAAACAUGAGAACGUAAUAGGACUACUGGAUGUAUUCUCCCCUGCUGCAUCGCUAGAGGACUUCCAUGAAGUCUACCUGGUAACCAACUUGAUGGGGGCAGACCUGAACAACAUAGUCAAAUUCCAGCGUCUCUCUGAUGAGCAUGUGCAGUUUCUUAUUUACCAGCUGCUCAGAGGCCUCAAGGUAUACAUCCAUUCAGCAGGACUGAUCCACAGAGACCUAAAACCAAGUAACGUGGCAGUGAACGAGGACUGCGAGCUGAGGAUCCUUGACUUUGGAUUGGCCAGACAGACGGAUGAUGAGAUGACGGGGUACGUGGCGACUCGCUGGUAUCGAGCGCCAGAAAUCAUGCUUAAUUGGAUGCACUACAAUCAGACAGUGGAUAUCUGGUCAGUGGGAUGCAUCAUGGGAGAGCUGCUGAAGGGGAAGGUCCUGUUUCCAGGCAACGACUAUAUCGACCAGCUGAAGAGGAUUAUGGAGGUGGUGGGCACCCCGACCCCUGACCUUCUACAGAAGAUCUCUUCUGAACAUGCUCAGAAAUAUAUCCAGUCUCUACCCUUCAUGCCCCAGCAGGACUUAGAGAAGAUAUUCAGAGGAGCCAACCCAAUGGCUGUGAAUCUACUGAAGCGCAUGCUGGUUCUGGACUGUGAUGGGCGUAUCUCUGCCAGUGAGGCUCUCUCCCACCCUUAUUUCUCCCAGUACCACGACCCGGAUGACGAACCAGAGGCCCUGCCCUAUGACCAGACGCUGGAGAGCAAGGACCGCACACUAGAGGAGUGGAAAGAGCUGGUGUUUGGGGAGAUGAAAGGAAUCAAAGCGCCUGUCAGCGAGACGAGUAGUCUACAGGUGGAACAGUGAAAGACAAACCCUGCCUCCUUCUGCUCGAUCUGUCCCGUCAGCUGAGGAAGGACCGCCGUCUUGUCUCCGUCUGUCUGUCGGCGUUGGGGAGGCGGGAGGAUCCGAAAGAAAGAGAGAAACAACGCUGUGUCCCCUAAAGGCAUGACACCCCUCCCCUUGCUCACUGUGACUGGCUAUUUGACUGCCUGUCUUGAGUUUUGUAAAAGGGGAGCAGGGAGAGGGGAGGUCUGGUUGAACUGAAAGUGAUGAGAAUACGCACAUUACGAUGAUUACAGGGAGCAUGCUUUGAUAGGUAAAUGUUUACAGUCUGUUGAAGAGAGGUAGGAGAGAGAGACAGAGAGAGAAAGUAGCACUAGGGUUUUCAAAUCUACCUAAGGGUCCAACUGGUAAAUGGUCAUUGGCUAUAGGUUACUGGAAAUCUUUCGUCAUGAAGACAUUUUAUAAGCAGUCAUAACGGAUGUCAGUUUAAGUCUGCUUAUAACACCUGUUAUGUCAUAGUAAUGACAGUUUUAUGACAUAGGGUUCUAGUGAAUUUUUGUCAAGAAUUUUCCACACAUUUUAUUAUAUUUCUAUUUUAGUUGUAGCAAAUAUGUUAUUUCACAGAAACUUACAUAAGAUGGUUCCUCCCUCGAUAUAGACCAAUGAAUGCCCUUUGUGCUGUUACUGCACAACAUCCCCCAACACUCACCAAUAUGCCACAUCAUGUACAACUAUUGGCCAGAUUCCCUAAGCAUUUAGAAUUGUUUUUACAGUUUUUACAGUUUUUAACACCGGUGGUAGUGUUUUGUUUACGGAGACAUAGCAUUUGCAGCAAUGCAGUUAUGUAGAUAUGUCCCAAUGUACAGGUAACUGCCAACAUAAAGAAUACAUCAACAUAAAGUGUUUUAACAGGGCAUUGGGCAAAACACAAGCCAGAGCAGAUUCAGUGCACCUUGGCAAAGUUUCUGGAACUCCAUUGGUGGGAUGCGACACCGUUCUUUCAUGGGAAAUUCCAUCGUUUGGUGUUUUGAUGGGGGUGGUGGAAAACGCUGUCUCAGGCGCCGCUCCAGAAUCUCCCAUAGGGUGUUCAAUUGGGUUGAGAUCUGGUGACUGAGACAGCCAUGGCAUAUGGUUUACAUCGUUUUCAUGCACGUCAAACCAUUCAGUGACCAUUCGUGCCCUGUCGAUGGGAGCAUUGUCAUCCUGUGGGGGCAUAGUCAUCGUGGCCAAAAUAAUGGCCUGCCCAGCAUUUUUAUACAUGACCCUAAACAUGAUGGGAUGUUAAUUGAUUAAUUAAUUAACUCAGAAACCAUACCUAUGUGGAAGCACCUGUUUUCAAUAUGCUUUGUAUCUCUUAUUAACUCAAGUGUUUCCAUUAUUUUUGCAGUGACCUGCAUGUAAGCAUGUAUGCAUUUGUUGCUGGUAUCACCCAUUUCAAAUUCCACUUGGCUCCAGUCCAACAGGUUUUACUAGUCCCUGGCACUGUUGAGAAACCCAACCCUAUAGCUGAAGUUUACAUCUGAACAUUCAACAGAUACUAUUACCCACAGUGACUCCCACAGAUACCAUUACCCACAGUGACUCCCACAGAUACCAUUACCCACAGUGACUCCCACAGAUACCAUUACCCACAGUGACUCCCACAGAUACCAUUACCCACAGUGACUCCCAGAUGCAUUAUGCAGAUUAAAUUGGAUUUACAAUAGGUCUGAAUGUUGUAGUUUCAGAGGUCUAAUAUUCAGCAUGUUUUAAAGGGGCGUACUGAGGUGAACGAAUUACAGGGGAGUAAAAUAAUUCAAUUUUCAGUAAAAAACAUGUUCUGGAACUGCAACAUAUACUACCCCAAGAACUUCAACAUCAAUCAUAUACACAAUGCCUCAAUUACAGUAGAGAUAAUCCAAAAUACUCUUUCUCGAUUGAUGUUUGACUAUUUACGGUCUUGUAUGUGUCAUGUACAAAUGUUGAUUUUGGAAACUUGUUGGAUUUAAAUAGAACUGCAAAAAAGAUGAAUGUAUACAAAACUGUAUGUUUAAAAAACAAGUGUCUUUUCAUUCUAUGGUGGCAUGAAUUUUAACUGUACAAUUUCUGCCGUAUGCAUUUCCAAUCAAUAACCGAAUGUCAACUCUGUGUCAUAAUGCCAUGACAACUCAUGACAGUUGAUGUCAACCAACUCAACUCUAUUACAACAGUUAUAACACCAUUAUGCAGCAUGAACAAGUAAACAUUUGGUUACACAUAUUCAGAAUAAAUCAAAUCGAUCUAUUCCCUGUCUUGGUAACGUCAUGAAUAACGAAUUAUGCGUGCAUCAGUCCAGUCUUGUUUUCUCCCAAAAAUGAUUAAGUCUGUUGUUGAUUGGACAAACUCCUUUAUGUUUCCAAGUAUCACGCAGCAGCCUAUCAGCCGGUAUGCAGCACUAUGUCAGUGGUGAGAAUCUGUCAUGGGCAUAGCAUGUUGUGGCAUUAUGAAAGACCACUUUACCCCAGAGUUACGGCCUACUCAUUCCUCCUCCACAUGGCCAAAGUUCCAUCAAUACUCCCAGCCCACACAAACAGUAGCUUUCCAGUGCUUUAUGGGUUCCAAGUCUGAGUAUACAUGGCCUUUUCUGUGUGUGUGUGUGUCAAUUUGCCUUCAAGGUCCAUUCUUGCAUGUUUCCAACAAACAUGCCUGCAGGCAUCAAACUAUGUCAUAAUCUCUCAGCCACAGAACAGAGACAGUAUUAUGAGAGACCAUCAUGACGACGCAUGUAUCCUCUUCUUCCUCGUCAUCAAUAAAAGCUAAAUUCAUCACCA